AGUGCUGAUGAUAGAGGCAAGGCGAUUGACGAAGCACAAGCAAAAGUUGAGGAACUUAAGCAAGGAAUUGCAGACGCCAAGACUAAAGUGAACGACCUGAAUCAGGAGAUGACAAGGACGACACUGAGCGCAGCCGAUCUCAAGGCGCUACAGGAUAAAGCGAACAAGGAAUCCGACAAUCCUGACGACCACAUCACAUUACCAGACCCUGCAGAUAUUAAAAGGAGAGCAGGGGAACAGCUGACAAACAUGCAGACUGUCAUUGAUACGGUUGUUGAUGACGUGGCGAAGAAUGAAGCACAAGAAUUGAAAAAUACGAUUGCAACGAAGCUUAAUAGUGCGUUAGACGGCCAGUCCAAUUUCGCUGUGUUGACUGUCCAAUGCAAGGAAAUUGAUGUGGCUCUCUUGCAGUUCAGAAAUCUGAAUAUCUAUGGCUCUGCUGCGAGAAUGGAACUGUAA